AUGGCGCAGUAUGCGGGGCCCAGGCACGGGGCCGUGAGGCGAUGGACUCUGUGUUUGCUGCUACUGCUGCUCUUCUUUCUAUCCGGCUCCGGUGGGGUAUUGCAAAACAAUGGCUGGCUCAAAUCCUCGCUCUUCUUUGGACUCAGCAUUCAGGCACCCAACGGCACGACCAUUGGCGAGGUCACCGAGGCUGAGUUUCAGGCUUUUGUGCAACGCGAAGUGGUGCCCCAGUUUCCAAGCGGGUUGUCCAUCUUGAAUGUGUCGGGCGAAUACUUGACCGCCAGCAAUCAAACCAUCCAGGAAGCCUCGCGCCUCUUGAUCCUCUAUCACCGCCGCCACGAUGACAGCCAACAGCGCUUGCAAGCCGUGGCACACGCUUUCUGCGAGCAGUUUCAACAGGAAUCGGUGCUGGCCGCCACCGAAGAUGCCACCAUCAACUUCUUUCAUUGA